GAUUUGGUCGUGCAAAGGUGAAAAUGCAGUCCUUGAACCACGGUUUCAAUCUAUUGAAACUCAACUGAAAUCUAUGGAGAUCUCUCGUGAUGUUCAGUAGAAUUUUGAGUUAAAUACCAUUCAAGAGAUUCAAACCUCUCGAGAACUGAUUGCCUUGUCACAAGCUCGGAAGUUCGAAGCUUUGCAGGAAUUUCAGAAACAGCUCCUAACUGAAAACAAAUUUCUAAUGGGUGCCUUUAAUCAAAAAAAAAAAAAAAAAAAAGAGAAUCAAUUCCAUCAGCUAAUGGAGUUGCUCAAGAACAAUACCAAGGAUUCUUCAUCUAGAAGAGGUUUAUUCACUAUUCCUAGAGUUCGUGAAACAGGUGAAUCGAGUGCUAAUUCUGCUGCCAGUAAGGUUCCAUAGCAUAAUAUUUUGAACCUAGAACUGGAUUUUGCCCAUUUUAAUGCUGAGGAUACAAUAAAAUUAUGACCAGUAUUUCAAUUUUAUGCUGUUCUUUAACAGCAACGGUAGCCACAUUGUUCUUUGGCGAUCAAGUGGAUGAUUGGUUAAGCUUGGAUAACUGUCAAUCCAAAUGCAACUUGGAAUCCAUUUGCUGCGGCUUUAUGUGAACCAUUUGGAGAAUAAGAGAUUCAGACAUUAAGACAAGAUGGGCGGGGUCUGUUUCUGAAUAUCAAAAUCAAAUUUUGAGCACCUGAGGUUCCAUUUUACUGAAAAUCUUACCCUGAAUUAAAGAGAAUUCCUCAAUUCCUCUUUCGUAAGUUGUCUCAGUAGUGAACUAAGGCCUGCAAUAGAAUUGGCCAAACCACAAGCCCUUGGUGGAGCAUUCAAAUUUUGCAAGGCUUCAUGAUGAGUCAUAGAUACUGGCCUGUUACUCCAAUCUAAACCUUCCAAUUCUUGUCAAAACCCCAGCCACUUUCAACCUUUCAAACCCGCUCGACCAUCAAAAUAACCUUCCUCUUUCAACUACCAUAUCUAAUGACAGUACUAAACAGCAGCCAAAACCAAUUCAAACAUAUCUCAGAAAAAGGUUCCAGAGCUUGUUACAGAUGGAGAGAUCGCUAUUUUGUGGGCCAUCAAUGUAAAUAAAAGCGACUUUUUAUUAUGGAGACUGAAGAUGAUACAAAUGGCUCGUUAUAGAGAGCAUGAAUGAAGAACUAGCAGAUACCAGCGGGGAAAUUACAACGAAUGCCUUCGGUGGUAAUGUCAUCUGACGCACUAAUGUUACCUCAGCUACUGACCACAAAUUGGCGAAGAGAUUUCAGACACAACUUUCACUUGGACUUGAGCUCUUAUGACAUGAUCUUGGGCUAUGACUGGCUCACAAAGAACAGUCCCAUUCUAUUUCAGUAGAACCGGUGCCAAUGAAUCUUUGCUUCCUAAAGAACCUCAAUUACCAUCUUAUCUCACAUUUCCCUUGAACAAAUUCCAUGAGGUCUUUCAAGAACUAACUUUCCUGCCACCACAGAGAUCAUGCGAUCACUCCAUUCCCACCAUACCCAGAAAACUGAAAUGGAAAAACAGGUUGCUGAAAUGCUUCAAUUUUCCAUCAUAAAACCAAUUCGCAGCCCUUCUACUCCACCUGUCUUCUGUUAAGGAGAACGUUGCUCUAAAUGGCUACCAUCCACCUCAGAUUCCUUGUCCACCAGACUCCUCAAACUGCUGUUGCCUCUGUGACCUUCAUUCUAAGAGCAAUAACAUCAGAAGCAUUAAAACAGCAGUAAACAUGGAGCAAAGAAUCGUAUGAAACAAGCAGCUGAAUUAAGGAGGUCCGAACCAUCGCGGCCGUUCCCUGUCAUUGCCAAAGUGGGACCUGUUGCAUAUAAGUUGAGACUUCUGGAUUCUUGCUGUGUCCAUCCUGUAUUUCAUGUGUCUUUGUUGAGAAAGAAAUGCGAUGAUGAUCCAGUCUGCAGUCAAGCCAGACCUUCCUCCACAGUUCAAGAACAGUUGCACGUGCGACCUCUAAGUGUCCUCGAGCACAGAAUCAUUACUAAAGGUAAUAAGCAAAUAAAUUGAUCAGGUCCUUGGUAAGCUGAGUUGGCCGAAUGUGAUUGGUUAGCAAUUAACCAAAUCAGUUAGUAUAACAGAUUGAGAUUCAAUAUAUAGUUGGUAUCAGUUGUGUACAUUGACCAUUGAUGAUAAUUCAGAUUCUCUCUUGAUUAAUUUUUUCUCUCCCACUCUCUCCUUUCUUUCUCUUCUCUCCUUCUGUUCUUCAUCUUCGAUCUUUGCUUCUUCGUUCUGCUAUUUCUCUUCCCAUUCUUCUUCUGCAACUAAUGACUGAUAGCAAUUCUGACAUGCCUUUGCCUUAUUGGAGGUCCCUAUAAGUCAAUUUGACAUCAUAUUCCCCAAUCUUAACAAAAUCAAUCAUGCUGUAGAUGUUUAAAUUUCAGUUGCACAUUCUGCGUCAAAACACUGCUGCAACACAGAAAUGAAGCCACCAAAGCCAAAACGAAUCUCCUCAUUCAGGCUUGCCUCUCUUCUCCGUCUCCAAGAAGACCCGAAACUCGCUCUCCACCUCUUUCAACAUCCAAACUCAAACCCAAAUCCAAAACCCUUUCGCUAUUCACUUCUCUGCUAUGACCUCAUGAUCACCAAGCUUGGCCGCGCCAAAAUGUUCCAUGAAAUGGAACAAAUCCUCCUUCAAUUUAAAACCCAGACGCGUUUGGUUGCUAAAGAACCUCUCUUUUGCAACAUUAUCACUUUCUAUGGCCGAGCGGGCCUCCCUCAAAAUGCCCUCAAAAUGUUUGAUGAAAUGCCUCUUUAUCGCUGCCAAAGGACUAUUAAAUCCUAUAACACUUUGUUAAACGUGCUAAUGAUUUGCAAAGAGUUUGAUGUGAUGAGAGAGCAUUUUGUGAAUAUUAAGAGACAUGUGAAACCAGAUGGUUGUACUUUUAAUAUAAUGAUUCGUGGGUUGUGCUCAGAUGGGAGAGUUGAUGAUGCACUUAAGGUGUUAGAUGAAAUGAAAAAUAGAGACCUUGUCCCUAAUCAGGUGACUUUUGGGACUUUGAUUUAUGGGCUUUGUUUGAAUUUGAAGUUGAAAGAGGCUUUUAAGUUGAAAGAUUAUAUGGUUAAUGUACACGGGUUGUGUCCUAAUGAGUAUGUUUAUGCAACGCUUAUUAAGGGGCUUUGCGCGGUUGGUGAGUUAAGUUUUGCUUUAAGACUUAAGGAAGAAAUGGAGAGGGAUGGAGUGAAAGUGGAUUCAGCAAUUUAUUCUACUUUGAUUAGUGGGUUAUUUAAAGUUGGGCGGAAAGAUGAGGUUUUUGGAGUUUUAAUGGAAAUGGAAUUAAAAGGCUGCAAGGCUGAUACUGUGACUUACAAUGUGAUGAUUAAUGGGUUUUGUAAAGAUAAAGAUUUUGAAACUGCUUAUAAAAUUCUGGAUGAAAUGAUGGAGAAUAGAUGUAAGCCGGAUGUUAUUAGUUAUAAUGUGAUACUUGGCGAGUUAUGUAAGGAUGGGAAAUGGAGUGAAGCGAGUGAUUUGUUUGAAGAUAUGCCAAGACGUGGCUGUGCUCCUGAUGUUGUAUCAUAUAGAAUUGUUUUUGAUGGACUUAGUGAUGCAAUGGAGUUCAAGGAUGCUGCAUUUAUUUUGGAUGAAAUGGUUUUCAAGGGUUUUGCACCUCGUUCUUCUAGCAUAUGUAAAUUUAUUAACAGGUUGUGCCAAAACGGGGAUGAGGAUUUGGUAUGGUCGGUUUUGAAUUGUCUGGGUAAAAUAAAUGCAAUUGAUACAGAGUUGUGGAAGAUGGCAAUUGCAGUGGCAUUGAAGAACAGUAUGCUCUCUAGUCCUAAAUACCAAGAGCAACAAAAGUUUUUCGAGAAUUGCCUAGCGACGUUGUAAAAGUUUUUGAAUUGUUGUAAAUCCAACACAUCAUAUCUCCACUAAAACUUAAAAGAAGGGGAAAAAGUCUGGUGUAUGUUUUACCCGCUCCUCAAGGAUAGGCUCCACCACUUCUAUAAUGUAGAUUUGAUUGAACCCUCUUUCUGCUGGGGAGGAGAUUGCAUCCAGCUGCCUGGACUGAUUAUAUGAAUUCAUUAAACAUGCUUGGUG